AUGACCAAAAAUAUCGAGUUCUGCAUCAACCACGCUCCAAACCUGCCACCUCUUCAAAAUCCUCAAAUGAAUUCGAUAAAAAAAAAAGAGGAGGGUACCAUCAACCUGCUAAAAUUUGACGAACUCGACGUUAUAAAUCAUCCUGUCCUGUAUGCUGAAGAUUCAAACCCAAAGACGAGGCUUGGCCUGAAUGACGUCAUGCUGGCAGCUUACCUCUCCAAACCGGAGGUCAAUUUUGUGAUGUUGCAGCGGGACCGCAACUUCCGGUUCAAGACCGAAUACGGCCUCUCCGUGAUGCACUUUGCCGCGCUGAACAAGCGUUGCGGCGUCGAGCUCGUCAGCAUCUACUCUGUUUACGGACUCGAUCCGAUAGAGCGGGACUGCGACGGCGCCACGCCCAUCGACUACGCCCUCCUCUUUGGCUACUACCAGACUGCCGAAAUGCUGCUGUUGUUCACGAACUCUGAGAUCAACCUCCUGCAUUACUGCGUCAUGCGCAAUCAAUUAGAACUGGCAGAACAAGUCGCGAGAAAGAAGCCUGAGCUGCUGACGAAACGCAUCCCCGACGGAAGACACGCCCUCCACUUGGCUGCACUCAGUUCCGACUGGGCCAUGUGCGACUGGAUCGCCGAAAUGAUGCAAAGUUUGGACCCGAGCCUCGUCGACUCUGAGUGCCAGGAGCGGGGCUGCACUGCCUUCCACUACGCCGGCCUGAACAAGACACGUGGCGUCGAGUUGGCCGAUCUUUUCGCUGACUGGAAUAUGGAUGUAAACAAGCGCAGCCUGAAAGGCUACACUCCCGUCCAUUUCGCGCUCAUCUCCGAGAACUUGGAGACUGCAAAAGAAAUGAUCAGAUUAGGAGCCGACUACAAUGCGAAAAUUUUCGAGAAAAAUCCCAUGAAGGUGCUUCUCGAGUGGGAAAGGUUCGAAAGCGUCAAAUUCCUGCACAGCUGUGACAACGAUUUGAUUCACCACGCAAGGGUGAAAGGGUUGCACCCCAUCCACUUCGCAGCCAGGUACGCAGACCUGGAUUUCGUGCAGUGGCUGGUCGAAGUGGCCGGAAUCAACGUGCACAGGCUUAGCUUGAAGCAAAUGAGCAGCCCCCUGCACUACGCGGGCAGCAACCUGAGGCACGGAGCCGAAAUCGCCAAGUACCUGAUCGAUUCGGGCGUGGACGUCGACAGGAAGAACCAAAUCGGCGAGACGCCGCUGCACUGCGCCCUGAGGCACAAAAAAGACGACGUUGCCAAGCUGCUGAUCGGCCAAGGAGCCGACCUGAGCGUAAAAUUAAAUGGGGAGAACUACUUGCACUUCUGCCUACGUAACGGCGCGGAAAUUUGUGCAAAACUUGUGUAUGACUGCAGGAAAGGACUGAUUAAUGACGUUCUGAGUGACGGAAGAACCGUCCUCCACAUUGCAGCAGAGAAAGCGUCCGUGCAAACGGCUUUCUGGCUCUACGAAGCAGGCGCAAGCAUUCACGCUCAGACAAAUGACGGCAAGAAGCCUGCUUUCUUCGCAAAGGAUGAGACAAUGCGACUUUACUUUCGAGAACUGUUAAAGCAGCAAGAACUGUUGGAAACUUUGCAGUCCUUGCCUGCGGAUGAAAAUUUGGAAAAUAGAGCUGAUACCAAUGAAUUGCAUGCCAAGAUUGAGUUGCUAAAAAUAUUUGAUUGA